AUGAGUGUGAGAUCGGUAUUGAAUAAUUUUAACAAUUGUUUGUUGAUUUGCGGUGUUGGUAGUAUAAACUAUAGCCAGAGAAAUUUUAAGAAGUCAGUGGUUUUUUAUGUUUUGCGAUGCAUGUUCAUUUUUGUUCGUUUCUAUAGCAUCUACUUUGGCAACACAUGGGUUUUAAAUGGCGACCCGGAAAUGUCUGAACUAACGUCUAUAAUACUUAUCAGUUGUUUAGAAUUAUAUUUUAUCGGAAAUAUCAUAUGUCAUUUUUGGAGGGUAUUUUUGGAUAAUCAGCUAUCUAUGGUAUUGAAUAAACUUGAAGCAAUUCACGAAAAAUUGAUACGACUGAAAGUGGUCAGCCCGAUGAAAAUAAAAAUAAGCGGUUAUGUCAUUGGUGGUAUUAUUAUAUAUGUUAAAGCAAAUAUUUUAGCUCCACUCUUAUGGAUGAUGAAUCAAAAAUUAGAAAUAAAAGAAAUGGCCACUUUAAUGGUUUUACUGGUUUGCGAACGCAUUGUGCUGCUUGAAUACAUGCUACUAAUAUCAUACAUAAAGUGGAUGGUCUACGUGAUAAAUGAACAAAUUCCGGAAAGAAGAUCAUGCUUGAGUACAUUCAGAGACAUGUAUUUGGAAGUUCUAGAAUGCUUACACCAAGACAAUACAUCAAUAUAUGGUUUGCCAGUUAUUGUUGUUUUUAUUGCAGGAAGUGUCGCUGAUAUCAUUGGAAAAUUAUACAAUUCCAUAUUAUUUCCUAGAGACUAUAUCACUAAUCCAUAUUUAGUAAUUGAUAUCAUAGGCUUGUUAACGAAAACAGUCAAUCUUCUAGUAUUAUACAUGAUCGGUGACGCUACGGAAAAAGAAAUAAAUCGGAUAAGUGAUAUGUUACACCGACGAUCCGUAAUUGAAAGAAACCCUAGAAUUAAACGUCAGAUCAAGAUUUUUUUAUUACGAAGAUUGCAUGAACACUAUAAUUUUGAACUGUAUGGAAUAUGUCAUAUUAAUCUACGACAACUACAUAGCUUAUCAAGCAAAGCAAUUGGAUACCUAGUAAUUCAAGUCUUGUUCAGAUUGAAUAAAUAAUAAACUUGGAUACCUAAUUGAUCGGUUUAUAGGCUGAUAUAUCUAUAUGUAAAGACACUGUGUAAAAAUUAUAACUGAUACUUUUAUGUCUACAUCCUAUUGUAUAAUUUUACCUAUUUUGUAACUGUAAGUAACCAUUAGACUACUCACUCAAUAUUUGCUUUUGUUUAUUUAUUGCUGUCAAAAUAUUCAAAUUUGGAACAUGA